AUGUCAGCUAAUCUCGAGGAUGUUCCAAUUGAAGUCUCCAAGGUCUUUGACACCAUCUUGGUCUUGGACUUUGGUUCCCAGUACUCCCAUUUGAUCACUCGUCGUUUGAGAGAGUUUCAAGUCUACGCUGAGAUGUUGCCAUGCACGCAAAAGAUUUCAGAGUUGUCGUGGAAACCCAAGGGGAUCAUUUUAUCUGGUGGACCAUAUUCCGUUUAUGCUUCGGAUGCCCCACACGUUGACCAUGACAUUUUCAAAUUGGGCGUUCCAAUCUUGGGUAUAUGUUACGGUAUGCAGGAGUUGGCGUGGAUCAACGGGAAAGGAGUUGCCAGAGGAGACAAGAGAGAGUAUGGGCCUGCCACGUUAGAAGUCAAGGACAAAAAUUGCGCCUUGUUCAAAAACGUCGACCACUCGCAAGUUUGGAUGUCCCACGGAGACAAGUUGCACGCCUUGCCAACCGGGUUUGAAGUCGUUGCAACCUCGGAAAACUCGCCUUACUGUGGUAUCGCCAACGAAAAGGAGCAAAUCUUUGGAAUCCAGUUCCACCCAGAAGUCACCCACACCUUGCAAGGCAAACAGCUCUUGAAAAACUUUGCUGUUGACAUAUGUCGAGCAAACACCAACUGGAGUAUGGAAAAUUUCAUUGACACGGAAAUCGCCAGAAUCAGAAAGCUUGUUGGUCCUACUGCCGAGGUUAUUGGUGCUGUUUCCGGUGGUGUUGACUCCACUGUUGGAGCCAAGAUUAUGAAAGAGGCCAUUGGCGACAGAUUUCACGCCAUCUACGUCGACAAUGGUGUCAUGAGAUUGAACGAAACGGAAAGCGUCAAAAAGACUUUGGAUGAAGGGUUGGGGAUCAACUUGACCGUUGUCGACGCCGGUGAUUUGUUCCUCAGCCGAUUAAAGGGAGUCACUGAUCCUGAAAAAAAGAGGAAAAUCAUUGGAAAUACUUUUAUCCACGUGUUUGAAGACGAAGCUGCCAAGAUUAAGCCACACGACGGGUCAGAGGUCGAAUACCUUUUGCAAGGUACUUUGUACCCCGAUGUCAUUGAGUCGAUUUCAUUCAAGGGACCAUCGCAGACCAUCAAGACCCACCACAAUGUCGGCGGUUUGUUGGACAACAUGAAGUUGAAGUUGAUCGAGCCAUUGCGAGAGUUGUUCAAAGACGAAGUGCGUCAUUUGGGCGAGUUGUUGGGGGUUCCUCAGGACUUGGUGUGGAGACACCCUUUCCCCGGUCCAGGAUUGGCCAUUCGUGUUCUUGGCGAAGUCACCAAGGAACAAGUUAAAAUUGCUCGUGAAGCCGACGCCAUCUUCAUUGAAGAGAUUAAAAAGGCUGGCUUGUAUAGACAAAUCUCGCAAGCGUUUGCCGCGUUGUUGCCGGUGAAAUCUGUUGGUGUUAUGGGUGACCAAAGAACUUACGAGCAAGUCAUUGCCUUGAGAGCUAUCGAGACUGUUGAUUUCAUGACCGCAGACUGGUUUGUUUUCGACGCAGCCUUUUUGAAAAAGACCGCCUCGAGAAUCGUUAACGAAGUUGACGGAGUUGCCCGUGUGACAUAUGAUAUCACUUCGAAACCACCAGCAACCGUUGAAUGGGAGUAG